CUCGGCCCGCCCGCCGGAAGUGAACUCCUGAAUGAGCCCAUGAGUGGGAGAAGACAGUUUCUUCUUGCCUCUGUCACUGCUGUCCAGAAUUCCCGUUUUGUGUAUCCAUCGUGUCAGAAUUGCUUCUCUAGGAUCAUCCUUGGAUCUGCAAGGUUCCACUGUCCAAGAUGCGGCUGCCAGGGUGAGACGGAGAAUGCAAGUUACAGGUAUAAGCUGGCCCUGAGAGUUGCCGGGGAGAAUGAAUUAUUUAUCAUCACUGUGUUCGGAAGCUGUUUAAACCCAUUCUUCGGCCUACCCGCCAGGCUUCUGCAGAGGUACGUCCAGGAUUCUAAGCCACUUCCAGGAACCCCGGACAACGAUGCAGUUUGGGAUUUACUAAUUCAAGCAGUUCACACUUGUUUUGUUGGAAGAAGCUUUAUCUUUGGAGUUACGAACUUUGGAAACCGACGAGGCCACACAACCGGUCGCAGUGGCCUCUGGCAGAGCUGGCCGAGCCGUAGGGACCGCAGAGGAGAGCUGGUGGCCUGUCAGAUUUCACUGCCCAACCCCGCGGUCCCCGGCUCCACCGUGAUCGGCUGCUUCGACCGACUUCUGCGGUCAGCCCGGCCCGGGGACGCCGGCUGGGGCUCCCAGCUCCCCGAGAGCCUCUGCCCCAUCGCCGACGGCCGGGGCAGCGAGUUCGGGAGCGGCUGCAGCCCUGGCUCCCAUCGGGUGGGGGACGGGGACCGCCCCUCCGGGCUCUGGCGGCUGUCCCUCGGGCUCACCUCGGCUGACACGCAGCCCUCCGACGAUGGAGCCCCGGCGGCUCUGGAACCGAACGGAUCCGGGAGGGACGAGGAGCGGGAACCGCCGGGGACUGGAGCCGCCUGGCCCUACUACCAUGAUGGAUCCCCCGGAAGGCGUGAAGGCGAAGAGGCCCGGCGGCCAGUGGACCGAGGAUUCAGCUCACGCCCCGGUCGCGGAAGGAUUGGGGCGGUCGACAGCUGGGCCGGGUGUCCGGUUUCCGACAUGGUGCAGAUGCUCGCCCGCAGCGGGUCAGAGGUUUUCCAUGGUUUUCCGUCGGGCCCCGCGGAAGAUCGCUCCAGGCCCGGCUUGCCGUCCCACUCCAGUCGAGGCUCACCCCAGGCCCGGGCCUGGGGGCUCUCCCUGCAGGACAGAGACUCGUUCGGCUCAGGCCCAUCGCCUGGUCUGACCCCUUCGGCCGGAGGCUCCCAGAGAGAGGAUCCCACCCUUUGGGAUGAGCUGCCGUUCUCGGAAAGCCUAAAUGAGUUCCUGGCCCUGGUGGAAAAGGAGGGGCCCCCAGCCCGGACCGGUGCCCGUCAGUGCUCUGCGGGGGAAGGCAGGUCAGACCCGGGGGAGCCUUCCAAGAAGGCUAUGGUUGGGGUGCCUUCUAGGAGGUCACCCCCCAUGGCAGAAAGCUUAAACCCUGGCAGGGAGAGCGGUCCCCCAGGAGUUGACUCACCCCCAAAGUCGAUUACUCACAGGAGAGCCCAGUCAGCGGACACUAGCAUUGGUGGAAAGGAAGAUUCAGAGGGCCUUACACCCAAUCCCUAUCAGUCCAUCUUAGCCCUCUCGCCUAAAGACUGGCAAACGCCACCUCCCCCUCCAGAGAGAAGCCACUUUCCGCCGCGUGGAGCUGAAGCGAUACCAAAUGCAAGUUCUCGCGGGGAUAUUACCGCACGUGGCCCGAUCCCAUUCUCCGUUCCAGAUGGGCAGAGCCCCACUUCGGAAAGGGGUGCGAAAGAGGUGUGUUUGGGCCAUCCCGAACGGUGGAUCCAUCUUCCCGGCUCCCGGGACGCAGGAGAUAAAGAGAAUCAGAGCUGCCCACGAAACCAAGGAAAUAAUCUUCCGGUCAGUAGGAAACGUGCGAGGAGGUCGAGAGCCUCUGGCAGUGGGGUCGGUCUGAGGGCGGAGACGUCGGCCAAAUCUCAAGACGGAGUUUUGGGAACGACCACUUGUGCCCACCUGCCUCAAAACUCUCCCCUUCCCCUCGAAGCGAGUUACGACGCUUCCGCUGACCUUUUUGACGCAAGCAGUUCAGGGGAAUAUCCGAGCAAGUCCAGGAGCGUUUUCUCCCCGUGGGACAGAAGGCCUCUGGAAAGUCAUUCCACCCCCAACGGGCUGCUCAGCCCCUUCUCCUCCAGCCAAGGUCAUCCACUCCACAGCUCAGCCCGGAGAAAGGUCCGUCUUUCUCUCUGUCAGAGAGCGGGGUCAGCUCUGGGUCCCUCUCCGCCAGAUUCACAACACUCCCUGGGAGAGACCCAAGACUUCGUGCCUUACUCACAGUCAACCCCCAUUGCACGGAAUCCACGGACACUAAGGAUCUACAGGAUGAAAGACUCUUUCAAGAAAUUCGCCUCCAGCCGCCCCGAAGUCACUCCCAAGCCCCAGAACUGUAGCACUGUGAAACCAGCAUCCUCAAACCGCUCGGACUCCAGGAAACCAGAAAGCCCAGCAUCCAGACACGCCGCGGUGUCCCAUCUUCCCCAACCACUCGCCCUGGGCAAAGACCCUGCCGCUGAGCUUCCCGAGGUGGAUGCCAACGACUGGGUCCCUCCGUCGACCAAAAAACUAUUGCUCCGGUCCGCCCUCCAUCCCAAAAUGCUUGGAUCCCGAGCCAGAGGCCUGACUUUGAAUCCCUUCGGACGGAAGACGACACCUAGAAGCGAGGCGAGACGCUGUGGAAAAGCGACAACCGACGGAUGUGAGAGAAGGCCGGAGUUAGACCCGGGAAGGACAGCCGCUGCCCUGGACGUGUGGCCGACUCCUCAUAAACGGGGAGAUGGCGGGACGAACAAAACGGCCGGGGGAGAGACCCCCAGAACCAGAGAAGUCAAAUACGGCCUUUCGCUUUCUGAAAAUUGGUCACCUGUGGGGCCGGAAGCUAACGCCGCCGCGGGUAUCUGGUCUCCCGAACUGUUUACCCCAAAAACCAGCCAAACCCAAUCAAUGAACUGUUUGGAACGGGGACCCUUGCGUCCCAACAGACGGUGA